AUGGGCAAUUACUGCAGUGAGAUUUGCAAUGAACCUGAAAUUUAAGUCUUGAGAUUGUCUGAUUUGGAAUGCACUCCUCAAUCUGUGCGUUCAAGAAAGAGCCAACACCAGAAAGGCUACUUCACUGAGAGCAAAGAACCAGUUCUUCAUUUGAAUAAUAACACCGAGAAAUAGAGGCGGCCUCCUUAUCGCUACACCACAGGAGGAGUGUAUGAGGGAGAAUGGGUCGGAAACAAGAGGGAGGGAAUCGGAAUUAUGACUUGGCCAGAUGGAGCCAAGUAUGAGGGCGAGUGGAAAGAUAACAGAGCGAAUGGUAACGGUAAAUUCUGGCAUUUAGACGGCGACACUUACGAAGGAGAAUGGAAGGAUGAUUAGACACAUGGCUACGGCAUAUAUGUACACGUCAAUGGAGCCAAGUAUGAGGGCUAUUGGAAGAACGAUGUACAAGAUGGAUAUGGAAUUGAAAUUUGGGCAGAUGGAAGUAAAUAUGAAGGAUUUUACGUCAUGGGCAAAAAGGAUGGUUAAGGCAAAUACUAUUGGCCAGAUGGUAGUUCUUACUAGGGAGCUUGGUCAGAAAACAACAUCAAUGGUCAUGGUACAUAUUAAUGGCAAGAUGGUCGAUAGUAUGUUGGAGAUUGGUUAGAUAAUUGUAUGCAUGGCAAAGGAUGUUAUAAAUGGAAAGAUGGGAGAUCAUACUUAGGGGAAUUUGUACAAGAUAAACGACAUGGAUUUGGAGUUUAUGAAUGGGAGGAUGGAAGGAAAUAUGAAGGAUUCUGGGAUAAUGGAAAAUAACAUGGGGAAGGUAACUAUUAUGAAUCAAAUGGCAAGAUGAGGAGAGGGUUAUGGGAAGAUGGUAAAAGGAUUAAAUGGCUAGAUGAGUGA